AUGGAAUUUCAGCAGAGCAGUGCAAUGACGGCGGUCUCCGGUGACGCCGUGACCACGGACACGCCGAAAAUCUCUUCCUCACCCUUGUAUCGCCGCAACAUGACGCCGGAUAAACGAAGUUCCGGUUCUAUUCUCUGUCGAAUCUGCCAUGAAGAUGAAGGCAAAGAAGAAUUGAUAGAUCCUUGUGAAUGUUCUGGUACAUUGGGUCUGAUCCAUACAAGCUGUUUGGAAAAAUGGUUGUCCACCUCGAAUACGGACCGUUGUGAGAUUUGCAAAUAUUCAUUCGUAAUACAAAGGAAGAAUAAACCGCUGUCACAGUCUUUUAGACAAUGGUGGAAAACUAGAAGCGUAUACGGACCACAAGGUAUAACUGGCGACGUGAUAUGCCUGAUAGUUCUAACUCCACUUUGUAUCGCAGCGACAUAUUUAUGCGGAAUCGGUGCGUUUGCUUACAUCAGAUUUCGUUUUUGGGAAAGCACGGGUUUAGCUGUUCUUUGCUGCAUGCUGAUAAUCACCUAUUGUCUCUGGUUGAUCGUUACUAUCAGAUUCCAUUUUAAAUCGUGGCAACGAUGGCGCAGAAGAAAUCAAAACGUUAAACUGAUGGUAAAGCACAAAUCUGGAAGAAUAUUGAGUCGUGAAUUGCAAAUUAAAUCAUUUUGGGAUGUUGGUCAAGACAGCAACAACAAUAAUAGUGUUCACAGUAAUCGAUUUACAGCUUGGUUUCUCACUUCUUUUAACAACAGUGACGACCAUUAUUCUCAACCUUGGCAACAGCAAACAACGAUUGUAUAA